UCACCUACUUUAUUACGAAAAGCAAAACCAUUUAUGCAACAACUUCGUAAAAAAAAAGACAAAAUUUAUGUAAUCAAUCAUCAAAAAAGUCGACCCAUCUUAUUGAGAUUACAUCUUUUCAGCUUUACACGGUUAAUCUUUCCAAAAUUCACCAAGCAUUUGUGGGAAAUUAUACGAGAAUCUGAUUGGUAAACUGAUGCCCACCAGGUGUUUGUUAAAAUGCCUCUACGAGUUCCUUUUUGUUUUACUCUAGUUACAUAAGUUACUUUGUUGGUAAUAAAAAGAUGGAACAUGUGGUCUGUGGAAAAUAUGAUUUGUAUCUCCUAUGUUUACCUUUCAUGGGGUUCUUUUAGGGAUCAUGAUUAGGUUUUCAAUUUUUUAUCAGAUGUCCAGACAGAUGAGAAAGAGACAAGCCUUUUUCACGACUUCAUAAAAACUGAUGGAUAAAUAUCAAGUUAUACAAAAACACUCCACAUGCAUAUUUCUUGUAGGCUUCAGUUUUCGACCUUUCUUUUUGUCUUCAUUCUGAUAAUUUCUCGGAAACUUGAGGGUGUUUUUAGUCUUGCUCAUUAUCUUUAACUAAUACCCCAUGCUUCUUUCUAUCUGGAGGUCCAUCUACUUCACAGUUUCUUGGAGGCUUUAUUAGCUCUUCUUAUCUUGAAGCGUUUUAAUGGGUGAAUCUAUGGUGGAAGCACAAAACAUUCAAAACAAGAUGAGAGAAUCAGUCGCCUCUCGUGAGACUUUGGGAGUAUCGGUUUCUUUCGGUAAAUAUGAGAACGAUUCACUUUCAUGGGAGAAAUGGUCGACUUUUUCACCGAAUAAAUACCUAGACGAAGUCGGAAAAUGCUCGACGCCCGGAUCUGUAGCGCAAAAGAAAGCCUUUUUCGAAGCGCAUUACAAGAAAAUCGCCGCCAUGAAAGCUGAAGCAGAGGCGGAGGCGGAGGCGGAGCUAUUAAAUCAACAGAAAGCAAGGGAAACAGGUCCUUCAAGAUCAGACGAUUAUCCACAAGACAAUUUCGAAGAAACUAAGAAAGAACAAGAAGAAGUUAUCGAAAUUAAGCCUUGCGAAACCGACGAAGAACUCCAAGUCGAGAUUUCAACAAUGGAGGCAUCUGAAAAAUGUCAAGACGCGAACGAAGAAGAAGUUUCUUCAGUAAAAGACGAAAGCUUUAAAGAAGUUUCCAUGAUUGUAUUAAACAACAGUCGUGAUAAUCCACAAGAAGCUAUUCUAGUAAAAAACGAUACCUUUCAAGAUGAAUCUGAGCAUUUGUUACAAUCUCAAACCCCGAUAGCGUUAAACAUCAAUGGCGACAAGCUCGAUGAAGCUGUUUUGGUCAACGAUGAGAGUAUGAAACUGGUCAAACAACAUUUCAAAGUCGAUUUAGAAGACCCUAAAGAAAUUAAGCAAGAAACUCCAAAACCAAAAGCUAAAAAGGUAAAUCCAACGAAAUUAGAAACGAAGAAGAAACCAACGUCAAUUAUACCCAAAUCCCCUGAAACAUCAUCGACAAAAUUAUUAAAACCAAAAGCAACUCCUACACCCAUGGCUUCCACUCGAUCAUCAUCAUCAAAAAAAGCAAAUGCCACGUCAUCAUCAUCAUCAAAGAGCAUAAGAACUGCUCCAAUGUCGCUUCAUUUAUCAAUGAGUAUGAAUUCUGUAACUUCUGAUACAGCUUCUUCUUCUGUUGCUUCAUCAAGAAGACGAUCUUUAUUCAUGGAGCAAAUGGGGGAUAAGGAUAUUGUUAGGCGAGCUUUUAAGACUUUUCAAAACAGAAUUAAUGAAUUACCCAAUGAAAUCAAACAGACACCAAUAAAGGAAACAGAGUCCAAGGCUUCAACUUCCAUGGCAUCUCAGAAAGAAAAUGAAAGGUCAAGAAAAGCAGCUGAGAAAAUCAAUCCUGUUAGAGGGAAAUUAGAACAAACAUGGAAAUCCGAAUCAUUAGGGAAAAAGGCAACAUCAUCAUCAUCAUCAGUAGUUUUGAGAAGCAAUGAAAGAGCCGAAAGACGAAAAGAGUUCUUCAAGAACUUAGAGCAAAAGUCAAAUGCUAGAGAAGCAGAAAGAACUCAAAUUAAUUCAAAAUCAAAGGAAGUAAAAGAAGCUGAGAUGAAAAAGCUUAGACAGAACCUAAGUUUCAAAGCAAAACCAAUGCCAAGUUUUUAUAAAGCACAAGGGCUAUCAAAAAGCACUUCAGAAAAGGAGGCUAUAAAAAAUGGAACACAAAGGCGACCAGAUUCACAUAAUAGGUGAUGAUAUAUUGUUGUUGUAGUAGAUCCUUUUGAGUGUUUAAUUUUAGAAGAAAGAGAGUCGUGAAAAUUGAUUUAGGUAAAUUUGUAAUUUUGUUUAAUGAACUUGUGAAGUUCUUUUAGAUGAAUUUAUUAUGAGGAUGUUUGUUAAGAUGUAGAAAAGUAGGGCCCACCAUCAAGUAUAGUCUUGGAUAUUGUGUGUAAUGUAAUGUCACUCUUUUUGUA